AUAGAGGCGAACAGAGAGAGAAUGCAGAGUUGGAGAAAGAAGAGAGAGUCAUGACGGAUAUAUAUAUAUAUAUAUAUAUAUUAAUAUAUAUGUAUAAAACAUAUAUACAUGAAUCCAUGGGGGAACGAAGCUGGUGCGGGGGACCAGGGGCGAGGACGGCCAAGGCACUAGCGAUGGAGUUCGAGGAUAAAUCGGCGAAACGGAGCUUUUGGUUUUUCUUGGGCAUGAUUCUAUCUGGAUAGUUUUUUCGGGUAGGAGUUGCUGAUUAUGGAAGGGAGUCGGGAUCGUAAGGGCGGGCCGGUAGAAGAGCAAGGGUCAAUUCGUUGAUAGAGGAAAUAUAUGAGUGUGCGCGCUUGUGGAGCGGGGGUUGUGAUCAUACUGUCUUGCGUCGGUGAGAGGGAGGGUAGGGCCCAGGCGAGGCAGCGCGUGGGUCAACAAGACAUUGUGACUUUUUCGAUUUUAAAUUUUAUUUGCCCCCACGAUUCAUGGUCGGGUCGAAGCUUCUUUUCGUUCUCGUUUCUUGUUCGGUCCCCGCUUCUGUGCGUGAAUGAGCCUUGAAGGAGUGUGGCAAGGUUGGAUGAGGGUGAGUCGAGUGGGGAAGAAGAGAAUCGAAGAUCUGAGAGGGGAGUCUCUCCAAGGGAGCAAAGAACUGAGGUUGCAGGUGAAUGCGGAGCUAGGUUGUAGUGAAUGAGGGCGACUCAAGAUGGUGAUUGAUGCAUAGUGGUCUUUACAAUGCUGAGAGCGUAGGAGUUGAUGUUACUUCCAUAUCUUGUGUUCUCUACAUCAUUUCAUUGCUUUCGAUAAUAGGUACGAGUAGGAGGGUUACAAUCUGACGAAGUCAGUUGAAGUUAUUCUGUGCGGGAUAAGGUCAUAGUGUAAAAGCCCUCGGACUUGCGUCAGCACUUGGAAGUCUUAUUUCACUUCCUGAAAUUGAGACCACAGUUGGACCUAACGUCACUGAAGGCAGCAGGGAAAUUACAGUUUAGAAGUUCAGAGAUGGUACAUGUGGAGCAGUGGAAAAGUUUUAAGAACUCCUCCGGUUGAAACAAGGGACGGCAAGAGUGGAGAGGCUUAAAUUUAUCCUUGCUCUUGCAGUACCAGGAUGGAUGAAGGAGAUAUUGAAGCUGUAGAGGACUCUCAGGUCUUAGUAGCUAGCUCUUUGGAAGAUGACAGCACAAAUGAAGGGCCGCACAAUGAGCUUCUGCAGAUGCAAAGAAUUCGUGAGCUGGAUAUGGAGCCAUUAGAGGAAGAGGAGGCUGAUUCUGAAGCUGGCCAUUCCCUCAGUGACAAUGAUUCAAGUUUGAGCGGACGAGGGGAUGGAGGCGGUCGUCAAAUGGGUGGAUUCACCUUCGAUACUAACUUGGCUUCUAUGCACACAUACUUAGGAGAAGUCGAUGACGUACAUAGUAGUCGCUCCUUUGCCGAUGGCGGUGCGCUCCUCACGCUGCCAAUGUUUUACCUAGAGGGGAUAGUGUUAUUCCCUGAGGAUACACUGCCGCUUCGAGUUCUGCAACCGAGAUUCAAGGCUGCAGUAGAUAGAGCUAUGCGGAAUGAUGAGGCUUUGAAUACAAUUGGUGUGAUACAUGUGCGAGCAAGAGAUGGGCAUGUCCAUGUUGCAUCCAUCGGCACGACUGCCGAAAUUCGUCAACUACGCCAUCUUAAUGAUGGCUCCAUAAAUGUGGUAACGAAAGGCCGCCAACGGUUCCGCAUUUGCAAAGCGUGGACUGAAUCUGAUGGAGCAUUGUUCGCUCAAGUUCAAAUUAUUGAAGAGGAAACUCCUCUGCAUAUUCCAAGAGAUUCAUUCAGUCAUUUAGCCGCAGUACCUACUUUCCACAGUGGCAAAGUUCCUCGUGCAGCUACUACAUCUCCACUUCCAUACGAGCAUAGCGAUGAUGAAGCAGGUCUCCAAGCUGAUGCUGACGAUUAUGAUGAUUCAGAGUCGGAUUCUGGACCUGAAGAAGAUAGGCUGUUGCGAAGGCUUACACGAUUUGCAACUGAGAGUACGGAACUUCUUCGGGCGCUGGAAAGAGGGGUGGCAGAAGAUGAGAGCAGCGAGGAGGAGGAAAGGCUGAGAUGGUGGUCACGAAGAAGAAGAGUUCGCCAAAGAGGCGUGGAUAAUUUUGAGGUAGGAAACGAUAGAGGUGAAGAACCUCAAUCAAGUGGGGAAACACAAACAGUUGAUGCAUCACAUAGCAAUGGACGACGUGUGUAUCCUGGAGAGUCGUCUGUGGUUUCGAACGGACAUGCGGAUAACAUGAAAAGGCCUCCCGAAGGUGGACGUGGUGGCUGUUGUAAAGCCUGGGGUACUGAUGCAGGGAAGUGGAGGUAUAGGGCCCAGCGAUCAGCGUGGCCUCAUUGGGUCUAUCGCCAAUUUGAUGCGUAUGAUUUGGCAAGGAGAGCUGCUGACAUGUUGAGGCAAAUGGCCGAACUCCCUCGUAUGGAGGCUAUGGUUCGUACACCUUCUUUGCUGUCUUAUUACAUAGCCAGCAAUAUGCCUCUUCAAGAUGCUACCCGGCAGGAGCUUCUUGAAGUUGACGGGACCGUGUAUCGUCUGCGACGGGAGAUUGAGUUGUUGGAGUCAAUGGACCAGCUUCGCUGUAAACGAUGCUUGGAUAUAAAAGCAAGGCGCAGUGACAUGCUUGUGAUGUCAGCAGAUGGGCCCAUCAGUGCUUUUGUCAACGCCCAUGGCUAUGUUCAUGAGACCCUCACUUUGCAACGUGCUAGUAGGCUCGUUUUGGCUGGACAGCCCCAGACGGCGAACAGCUGGUUUCCUGGGUAUGCCUGGGUUUUAGCUGAGUGUUCUGCAUGUACUGAGCACAUGGGAUGGCGAUUCACAGCUGUUGCUAAGGAAACCAGACCGAAGGCUUUUUGGGGCAUUCGAAGGUCACAGUUGGCAGACAACAGUUCCUAGAAUCGCCGUGUACAUUUCUGGUACUCUGGAUUGAAGUUUUAGCUUUUUAUGCUUCUGGGGAUUAGUCACACUGGAUCAGGGUCAGGCUUGGCUACAUAGAGUUUACUGGUGUACAUAUGACCGUAGAGAAAAGCAUACUUUGCGUCAAUGUUAGAAGCUAUGUAGGGUCUUUCCAAUUUUCCUUCCACGUGUGGAAGUGCUACUCUUUACAAACUUAAGAACUUCAGACUUAUGGAAUCUGGUCGCACUGGUCGUCACAAGCUGUUGUUCCAUUUUAAGGAAGUUACCAGAAAUCUGCUUCUAGACCCAAGUGUAGUUCUGUUCAGAACACUAUAUUUGUCGGAUAGGCUGUGCAGUCGUGAUGUAAACUUGGUAUCAGCUGUGAACAAGUUACCUUCAUUGAGCUCAGCGUCAUGUGAAGGCUAUUUGGUCAUACUCAUUGAUUAUCAAUACCGUUUCGCA